CUCGUUGUCACAGAGGUGAGUGCGAUUUCCUUGGUAUUUGGCUGUUUUAUGCUGCGAUGCGAACAAUUACGGCUGCAAUGUGAUUGUCUUUCCACGAUUGCUCGAUUGUGUAGACCGAUCGAUCAUGGAGACAGAGCGAUCCUGCCGCUUGCGGGUUUUGUACUCUGCAGGUCGGGCAUAGGCUGUCUCCCAUGAUCGCGAUCCGAUUGAGCAUUCUUCACGUUCUCACCGUGUUCGUUGAUGCUGGACUUUCAUUUUACCUCCGGAAUAUUGUGAGAAAAUCGACUAACAGCCCAUUGUUAGGCCUCGGUACAUAUUGAGUCAUCCGGCAAAAUGGUGUCAUAUCCUAAGAAGAAGUGCGGUGUCCUGGGCGCCACCGGCUCGGUCGGCCAACGCUUCAUCCUCCUGCUCGCCGACCACCCCUUCCUGGAGCUCCACGCCGUCGGUGCCUCGGAGCGCUCUGCGGGCAAGCAGUACAAGGAUGCCGUGAGAUGGAAGCAGACCACGGCUAUGUCGGAGAGGCUCAGCAGCCUGGUUCUCCGCAACUGCAAGGCCGAGAACUUCACUGACUGCGACCUCGUCUUCUCCGGACUGAACAGCGACAUCGCGGGUGAUCUCGAGAUGGAGUUCAUCAAGGCCGAAAUUCCCGUCUUCUCCAACGCGAAGAACUACCGCAAGCACCCCCUUGUCCCCCUGGUUGUCCCCACCGUCAACCCCCAACAUCUGGAUCUCAUCCCCCACCAGCGGAAGCACUUCGGCCUGAAGAAGGGUUUCUUGGUGUGCAACUCCAACUGCGCGGUCAUCGGCAUUGUUAUUCCGUUUGCGGCCCUCCAGGCUAAGUUCGGCCCCGUCUCGGAGGUCGAGGUGUUCACCGAGCAGGCUCUCUCGGGUGCUGGUUACCCGGGCGUGCCCAGCAUGGACAUCCUGGACAACGUGAUCCCGUUCAUCAGCGGCGAGGAGGACAAGCUCGAGAACGAGGCCCAGAAGAUCCUGGGCUCCCUGAACGCCGAGGCGACCGGCUUCGACGAGCAGUCGGGUCUUAAGGUCGGUGCCACGUGCACUCGCGUUGGAGUCACAGAUGGUCACAUGGCGUUUGUUUCGCUGCGCUUCAAGAACCGCCCGGCGCCCAGUGCCGAGCAGGUUGCGCAGGCCCUGAGAGAAUACCAGUCCGAGGCGCAGAAGCUGGGCGCCCCGUCCGCGCCCGCGCAGGCGAUUCGGGUGUUCGACGAGCCCGACCGGCCGCAGCCCCGACUGGACCGCGACAUCUCCAAGGGAUACACGGUCAGCGUUGGUCGUGUGCGCGACGGCCAGGAAGGUGGUUACUUCGACCUCCGGUUCGCGGCCCUUUCGCACAACACGGUGAUCGGCGCUGCGGGGUCGUCCAUCCUGAACGCGGAGGUUGCCGUCAUCAAGGGCUACAUCUAAAUGGAAUAAAAGAUCUAUGGCAUAUAGCGUUAGAGGGCGUCGGAUAUCCUUGUUUCCUAACUAGGCAGUUAGACUAAAAGCAUGACCAAAUCGAGAAC